AUGAGUAUCAAUGGGGCAACCCAAGAGAAGAAAACAAUCCCAUUUAGUCCAAGGCAAACUUCGGUCGAUAGUAUUUCCACACCAAAGUUAAGGCGGAAGAACUCCAGAGCCAUCCCAUCUCGAGGCUUUUGUAGGCGGUUGAGCGACUGCAUUGUCAUGGGGCCUGCAGUCAAUCAACUGCCCCACCACCAAGAGCCACCACCUGCAAUGAAACUCGACCACCUCAGCCGGCAGGUUGAAGAAAUACAGAAGGAACUUCAAAAGCACAAGGAGCUAAAGCGCAUGUACAAGACGAAGCUAGAAAGAACACAAGUUCAUCUAAAACAAUGUCUUCAAGUAGCACAAGACAAUGGUUUCUUAGACCUUUUACUUAACAAGUACAAUAAAGAGAUGGACCCCUCAAUUUCUCCUAGUAUUACACGGUCCAGCAUCGGACCUCCAAUACCUUCUCCGGCACAACAACAUUUUGAACUUGCAGCCCUCGUAGAUAAAGCCAAGACGAACGGGUGGUACAUCGAGCCUAACGAGAUUCAACUGAAUGAAUUGGCUGCACAAGGAAGUACUGCAGACAUAUACAGAGGAAGAUGGAGAGGACUUGAUGUUGCGGUAAAGUGCAUGUACCCCGAUUUCUUCGGAUCAAACGAGAAUGGAGUCAGUUUCUUUGCACAAGAAGUCGAAACCCUAUCAAGACAAAGACAUCCUUUCGUUCUACAGCUGAUGGGCGCAUGCCUUGACCCUCCAGAAAAUUGUUGGAUUGUAACCGAUUUUUUGUGCUCCAACCUUAAAGAUUGGUUGCACGGUCCAGGAAGUCGAAGGAAGGAACGAUCCAUCCCCCUUCCACCAUUGAAGGAGAGAUUUGAAAAGGCAUUGGAAAUUGCUCAAGCAAUGCAAUAUCUUCACGAAAACAAGCCUAAGAUCCUUCACCGCGACUUGAAACCUAGUAACAUUUUCUUGGACGAUGCAUUGCACGUUCAGAUUGCAGAUUUUGGUCAUGCUCGAUUCUUGAGCAAUGAAGAAAAGGCGCUAACUGGAGAAACAGGCACAUAUGUUUAUAUGGCACCGGAGGUGAUCCGGUUUGAGCCUUACGACGAAAAAUGUGAUGUAUACAGUUUUGGCAUCAUUCUGAAUGAGCUGAUGAAUGGGGAAUAUCCGUACAUUGAAACGGAUUAUGGUCCUUCCAAGAUAGCCUUGGAAGUUGCAGAAAAUGGACUAAGGCCAGCAAUUCUUAAGGCUGAUCAACAACUUGGAGAGCUAAUUGAAGUGAUACAAAAAUCAUGGGAUGAAGAACCUACAAACAGACCAUCAUUUGCAGAAAUAACAUGUAAUUUGAGAAAGAUCCAAAAGGUUGAAGAUGCAAAAUGGGCUGGACCGCCAAAGUUUGGAACCUUAUUUAACUUGGCUGAGGCACUGGUAGAGGUCUUGCCAUGGGCCGGUUCACCUGAAAAACUCAGGCUAUUUUAA